UUUAGUCAAUCCUCUUUGCGUGUGCCGGUCGCUCUGCGCAUUUCCAUAAUUUCUUUUGAAACAAUAAUUGAAUAUCAAAUAGUUAUCACAUAACCCUCCAAAAUUACGAUUAUCUAGAGAAUUAAAUCUGGUCUGAUAAAAUGGACGAUCUUUUGGAGUGUCUGCAAAAUAUGGGGUAUGAAGGACCUUUGCUAGACUCCAGUAGAUUUGAUGAAGCCCUGAAGAAAGGUGCCAAAUCGACGGAUUUCACAUCUCUGGUGGCCUGGCUGUCAGAACAGCUGUCGAUUUUUGGUAAUUUUGAGGAGCGCGUCCAUCCAACGUCUAGUCCUGAAGACUCCAGUUCAUUUUUGCUCGAGUUGAGCACAUUUCUGAAGGAACUGGGGUGUGUCAAUACUCAGUUUAUGUCCGGUAAUCUCAAUCAAAGACUUGCCACGAGGGACGAACGGAUGCUCCUUCUGGAAUACUUGAUUCAAGAGCUCAUGGCUAGUAAAAUAAUUGAAGCGAAAAAACCUGAUGCUGGAUCCAAGCUACAAGUGACAAUCCAUGAGAGUGACACUGCCAAAUGUCUGAAGGACAUGUCCAUAGCCUUGGAGUUUGGAAAACCUCCUGACACCAUCACUGCAGGCCAAUUAUUCAACAAACUCCAGGGUAAACUCAAAACUGUAGUUACUUCAGCCCCGAAGGAUUUAAUUGGCAAACCCCUAAUUAUCGGUGAGUUAUCGAAAGAACAGUGGGAGAAGAUUGAUCAACUCCAAAAAGAUAUGAAAGAUGAAUUCAUGAUUCGAAGAGAGAUGUUGCUGAAGAGAUUGGACGUUACUGUUCAAUCAUUUUUGUGGUCAGACCGGAUAAAAGCGAAGCAAGAUCAACUGAUCACCUGUUAUCACGCGAAACGUGCUAAAAUGUCGAGCGAGCCAUCGGUGACGAUCUCCCAAUUAUUGGCAGCCAGAGAUGAUAUAGCGAUAAUUGAAAAAACAAGUAGUGCAGCUGUGAGAAAGAACACCCAGAGUAAAGUCACGAAGGUGAUAAUUGGAGCUGUGCCAGAUCGAGGUGGCAGAACAAAUGAGCAAGCCCCACCACCACCGGAGAUGCCCUCCUGGAAGAAGGACAGAGCUCCCGACGUAUCAAGGGGUGGCAGAGGGGGUGGACGAGGCGGGGGAAGAGGUAAUUACAGAGAUCACAAGGAUUCCUCCUCGAAUUUUGGACAGAACAGAGACUGGCAGGAUCAGUCCAACAGCUCGGGGUCUUGUCAAGAUGAUAACAGAGGAUAUCAAAGGAGUGGUCAUCAAGGAGGAUACAACCAGGGUGGGUAUAAUGGAGGGGGAAGGGGGGGUAGGGUCCAAGGAGGGUGGGCUCGAGGUGGUGGAGGGUACAAUCGAGGAAGUAGAUCUCAUUAUUGAUUUUUUUUCCUGUUCAGAAAUCAUUGUCGAAUUAGUCUUUUUUUUUUACUUUUUUGUUGAUUCAAAUUGUUUAUAUUUUGUAAAUUAUUGUGCAUUCAUCGCUGAAUUUUUUUCACGAUAAUUCAAUUGCUUGAUUUAUUGUCAAGAAUAAUUUAUAGAAUGAAGAAAGACUGGAUGAUUAAAGAUAAUUGAUCGUGUUCGUACUCAUUCAAUUUGGAAUGCGUUUCUGAAUAUCAUAUGAAUGAAGAAAUUUUCUUUUCUGCAUUUUCUUUUACUGAAGGAAUUUUUACAAAAUAU